AUGGCGGACUCCGUUGCAAUGAAUGGUGGCGAUGGCCUGAACAGCUACAAGCAGAAUUCCAAGUGCCAGGGAGAGUGGUUUGAUGAAGCAAAGGUCUUGUUGAGAAAUAGCAUCCGAGAAAAGCUCACAAUUAAUAAAAAUUCCAAUGCCACCACUAUCACACCAGUAUUUAAAAUUGCAGACCUUGGAUGUUCAGUUGGACCCAACACCUUCGCUUGUGUCCGGACCCUCAUAGAAGCUGUGAAGCUUGAGUUCAAAGCUCAGGGCUUUGAAACCCAAUUGCCAGAAUUCCAAGUCUUCUUCAACGCGAUCAUGUUGCCAACGACUUCAACACUCUUUCAAUGGCUCACUAGGGUUCCCCAAGAAGUCACUAAAGAAGUGUCUCCGGCUUGGAACAAGGGAAGAAUUACGUACGCGAGGAGUGAAUCCAGUAAAGUUGAAGAGGCUUAUGCUGCUCAGUUUGCGAGGGACAUGAAGGCUUUCUUCACUGCAAGGUCAGCAGAACUGGCGGAUGAUGGGUUGCUGGCCAUUCCCAUGCCUUGCAGGCCAGAGCCAAGCCUCCCUUCAGAGUCAACGCUCAUGAAUAUCUUGGAGUGUUUGGGAGAUGCACUUGCAGAUAUGGUCAAAGAGGGCUUGUUAAGUGAGGCUGCUGUGGACUCGUUCAGUCUACCCAUUUACGUUCCAAGUGCCAGUGAAGUUGAAGGAGUGAUAUUGUUGGGUACGAAAAACAAAAACCUUGGUUGUAGUAUUGAGAGGCUGGAGGAAAUGCGCUUCCCAGCAAAGGUUUCUAGUGCUGAGGAGGUUCGAGUUUCCUGCUUUCAUGCAAGAGCUGCAAUGGAAGACAUCCUGUGCAAGCAUUUCGGAUCCGACCUCAAUGUUGAUGAACUUUUCAAGAGAUAUUCGGACAAGCUUGAAGAAUUCUCCAAGUCACCUCAGUUUGCUCGCAUUAAGAACUUGGCAAAUUUGUUUGUCCUUGUUAAGCGCAAUUAG